ACUCCAUUCUUUUUUUUGCUCGGAAUCUGUAAGAAAAAAAAACAGUGGGAAACUGUGAAUUUGGGAUUACAUGAAUCGUUAAGGUUGUCGGAAUACAUUUGAAUGCUAGUCGGGUUUGCAGAGUCGAGACCAAAGCAGUGGCUGGAUAACUGUGCACCAGGAGCGGGACAUCCUACAGUCUUGUUGGGACACUCUCCAGAAUCAAGUAAAUUUCAGUCAGAUAGCUCUGAUAGCCUAGCUGCUAGCGUUAGCCCCGAGAUCCCAGGCGCAGUAAAAUGAAGCGUUAUUGCCCUUUGUUUUUAAAUCGGUCUGGCAGACGUUGCAUAAACGCUGAGAACUGAUUGAGCCUGCUUAUACGCAGAUUGAAGGAUGGGAUUGUCCAUUUCACGGUUAUUUAAUGAAGUAAUGUCCGUUUUCAAAACAUUCUCUGGCUAGUCCGUUAGCUAGCCAGCUAACUCUUGAUUCUCCCGCGAGCCAGAAAAGCGAAGAGUCCAAAACUUCGCCACCACAGAGAGAGCCCGACCAGAGACAGGCUGAUAGGUCCUGCUAACAUUAUCCGUAGCUUACGCUGUCAAUAAGCUCUCCCAUCUUCAUCCAAGAUCCUACUCUGAUGUGAACUGAACAAAUAAACCUUCAGGAGUCAUCCUCUAAAUUGAAGAUCUGAUUUAUAGCUGAGGAAAAUCCAGCUGUUUCGGCAUCAAGUCAGGUUUUACUGGCAGUCUGUGUGCUUCUAAUCCACCAGCAUGUACAUUGGACAGUGGACACCCUAGCAAAAACAGAUCCUGGCUUCUCAAAGAUGACAAGGUGCUGGCAGGCCGCAGCUACAAAAUGAUGGGAGGCAGUGAGACUGUCAGUGGGGACAAGGAUGGGGUCCACGCCACUGCAAUACACGUCCCCAUCGGCUGGCAGAGGAGACUGGAUGGCGGGCAGGUGAUCUAUGUCAGUCCUAGUGACACUGCCCUAUGCUCUCUGGACGAGGUCAAGACCUAUCUCUUGAUGGAUGGCACCUGCAAGUGUGGUCUUGAGUGUCCAAUCAUCAUCCACAAGGUUUUCAACUUCACUGUGGGAAUGAAGGUGGAGCAGCAAAGCCAGCCAUUAGGCAAAGCUGAGCAGGACAUGACCAAACUGUGUAACCAUCGCAGGAAAGUGGUCGCCAUGGCAGCUCUCUGUCGGAGUAUGCAGGCCUCACAGCUGCCCUUUGCCAACCUUCAUCAUCCAGAGAUGAGCAGUGGAUUGGACAGCCGGGAUUCGAAGCGAGUACUGUUGGAGCGUGAAGAGGACGACCAUGGCAUUUACCAUCAUCCCAAACUCCGACCCCACAGCAACCUCCACAUGACCCCCUGUGCCAGCCCCAAAUCCUCCCACCACUUCAUCUACCCCUACAAUGGUUCCUCCCCUGUCCUUCACACAGGCUCAAACUCUCACCAUCCACUAGACGCCUUGAGAAGACUCCAUCCUUCUUCCUCCUCCAGCUCCUCCUCCACCUCCUCAUUCCCAGCAUACAGCGCUGCCCAGAGGUCACCCCGCACCCCCACACCUCAAGGUCAAAGAACGCCCAAAACUCCGGAGACGCCGGGUUCACCUCGUCUAGGGCCCCUCUCUUCACCUCCACCCUCUUCCCCUAUGGGUGGAGGAGGAAGAGGAGCACAGACUCACGCUUAUCACCCUCAUGGUGUCAUUGUGGGAGGUUCCCCCCUCUCUCCGUCUCCCUCCCUCUCCCCCUCUAUCUAUAACAUGAACUGUGUGUCUCCUCACCAGCGCUCCCGCCACCCUUCAGCCUCUCCUUCCCCCAUCUCUGAUCAGGGCGGAGGCUUCACAGCAGCGGCAGCAGGAGGACUGAUGGGAAGUAACUUGCAUCAGAGGAGGAAAUCCUCCUCUUCCUCUCCACACUCCCCUCUCCCAGGUGGCUCCCCAAACCCCAGCCCCCACUUCCCCAAGUACAAGCUGGAAGACAUCUUGGAGCAGUUUAAGAACUCAGGCAACAGCAGCACUAAUAACCACCACCUCCUAAUCCCUACUAACUCCUCAUUACUGACCAACCAAAGCAGUAGCAACCCUAACGCUCUCUCCUCUAAGCCCUCGAAGACCACCUUGAGUCCCAUUCAGAGCGCAGGACCACCAGGUUUUGGGUUGAACUCCGCAGGGACUUCUAGUUUACCUCUGGGGCCAUAUCUGAACCACCACCACCACCACCAUCACAGCCAUCAGGGAAAGGUGCCCCACCCGGCCUCUUUCCCCGCGAGCAGCCUGCUCUCCGCUGCUGCUAAGGCUCAGCUGGCUCACCAGAUAACCCAGGGCUCAAAGGCGGAGGUCUUGAAGGAGGCACAGCAACAACAGUCAUCAAAGGUAACAAACAGCACUUUACAUAACAGCCACACCCCCUCCUCACAUGCUUCUACUAGGCCUCUCCAUCCCUCCCUUGCAGCGGCGUCCUCCGUCCUUUUCCCUCCCUCCCACUCUCUGGCCCAGUCCCUGGCGUCCUCCUUGCCCCACCUGCCUCCCGUGGCAGAGCGCAAUGCGUCACACAGGAAGAGGCAGCGGCGAUCUCCCACAGUGCUCAGCAUGCUCAGAGACACCCAGCAGCUGGUUAAUGGGCCGCGGAGGACCCCACCGGGAGACGCCGUUUCGGCUACAGUCAUCAACCUAUCAUCCUCUGCUUCCUCUACCUUCUCCUCGCACUCCUCCUCUACCUCAGCCGUGCAGAACCAGAAUGCUGCCAUGUUAGAAAACCAUCACAAUCUGAUCUCCGGGAGGACACAAAGGCUCCCUGGUCCCAGACAGAUGGCCCACCUGUCCAGAGCUCCGCGACAAACGGAGGCUCUGGAUUUCACUACAGGCUCGACAACUACCCCUCUUGGUUUGGACCCUCCAACCCAGCCUCUGUCUGCGCUGUUGCACCUGCUCAGUGUGCAGAACGCACAGGCCUCUGCUUCUGCUCAGGCUACUGAAGGAGGCAGACACACUCUUAAACAAAGCCCCAGGCGCUCCCCAUCUUCUCCCGCCCCUCAUUCUAAGGUGAGGCACCCACAGACUCGGUCACCGUGCCGAACCGGUAACACUAAUCCUCCCCUAUCGGUGCUACAGCCUCUUUCUCCCCCCCCCUCACAGUUCAGAUCAGUGCAGUCUCCAUCGCGUCCUCAGUCCACUAAAUCCAGUCCUCUACACAGACAUUCUCCAUGUUCUACAGCGCUGUCUAACUCACAUUUAGCUUUACACAACAGCAGCAGCCCAUCUCGGCACAUGUUGCCGAUUCCCUACUAUCAACCAACUGAGCAUCACAUUCCUACAAUAGACUCUCUUUCCCAGACUCCAUUGCGGGAAACGGAGAUGGGUAGUAACAGCUUAUCUACAUCAGAGGACCUGAGUCAUUCUCAAGACAGUGUUUCUAUGGCGAUACCCAGCUCCCCGAAGCCUCUUGAUCUUAGCAACCAUGUCCUGGCCCUUCUCGCAGCAUCUUCCACUGCACCCCCGGGGGAGGGCAGCUCCCCCGACCAUACCACUGAUGUUGUGAUGUCUUCCCAAGGAAACCCCACUGCAGGAACAGAGGAGUCUAGAUGUGUGGACCCGAAAGUGACCAAACCUCCAGCAGCCACGAGCCCUGGACCCCCUAUCUCCUCCCGUCUCGGGGAUAAUCCCAGUCCUCAUACACCUUCAGGGGUGGGCGACUCCACCUCUCACUUACCUCUGGCGGAGGCCUUCCCAUUCAUGAACCAAGAGCAGCUGCUUCAGCUGCUGUCAUCCACAGGAGGUCUGCCAUCCCUCUUGGACCCUGCAGUCCUGGCUUCGUUGCCCCUCGGGGGGCUGUGGUUGGGAGGGCAAAAUGCACAGAUACACCCUGCCAAUGCCACAUCACAACCACCACAGACUCUUGCAGAGCAGCAUCAUUCAGAGCAGCAGCAGUUACUGAUGCAGCACCAAGAGACGCAGGAUCAUCAUCAGAAGCAACAGCACAUGAACACCAACCCCCUGUUCCCCCUGCUGCCCUUGUUGAGCGGGGCCCACGGGGAGCUGCCUCUGAACCUUUUGGGCCUGCUUAACCCGCUCCUACCCCCAGGCUCAACUCAUACCCCAGGACAGGAUUCUGAUUUAGGGCUAUCAGAGAAACCAAGCCUUCAGGCUCUGCUGAUGGCCUCCUUGUUGCUCGGGCAACAGCAUGGGCCUUUGUUACCUCUGUCUGGGCUGGGUCAGUUGAGCCAGGUGAGCCUGGAGGUUCCUCAGCACAUCCCCAGCUCUCUGGAGGGCCUCACCUUGGAUAAGACCUCCGGGCUCCUGGAUCCAUCGGCCCUCUCAGCCGCGGGGCUCCUGGAGGGUCUCCUCCCCCUUCCCCCAGGAGCUGAAGGCUCUUUGCAGGCCCUGCAGUCUCUGCUCCUUUCUGCCGCUCUUCCUCCUCCCCACGCAGCCUUCCUGCCCCUCAGCCCUGCCCUUCUCAAUGCUGCCCUGAGCUCAGCUGAGCUCCACCCGCACUCCCACACCCAAUUAGCUCCUGCACAGCAAACCCAUCAUACCCAACCUCAGGUACCCACUGAUGCUGGUGUUGACACCCUCAUCCCUCUAUCCCUUCAAGGCAAGGACAACCCCCUCCUCCAACAGUUACUGCCCACUCUGCUUAACUCUGCCCUAUUAGGAGAUCUUUCCGCCAUCACAGGCCUCCACAACAUGUUGGGGAUCGGAGCAGGUUCCCUCCUCCUGCCGCAGACCUCUGCGUUGGGCAUGCCUCUGCUGCAUGGUCCUGAUGGAGCCAUCAACCUGCUCAAUAACAUACAGCUAAACCUUGCACCACCCUCAGAAGGAGAGAAGCCAAUGCCCUUACAGGAAACGCAAAAUCCUUCCCCACAGGAAGACAUUCCAGCCAAUCAGAUGGCUCCCAGUCCUGCUCGGGCUCCAGUUUCAGCCCCUGCACAGGGACACACCCCACCCCCACAUCGGGGCUCUGAGGGCAGGUCUGUCAUCGAUCCCUACACCUCUUUCAUGGACACGAUUUAUACCUCCUUCCUUCAAGUCAGCGCUAAAGAGCAGGAAGGCAGGGGCCACAUGGGGCCGUCUGACCCCACUUCACCCUUCUGUGCCUUACCACCCGUUUCUUUCCCCGUGGAACAUCACACCCCGUCCACCUCUGUCCCCACUCUGCCCCAGGCCAGUGCCCCGGUCUCCCUCAGCCCCCGUCGGGCCUGUUCCCUGCGCAACCCAGACUUAUCCAGACUCAGCUUGGAAGCAGCAGCCCAUUCCCCAGCCCAGGGGACGCCCAAACCCACUGAGGAAGGCUCUACGUCACACUUACAAAGGAGACGGGCUAUGGUGGGGGGACACACUCACCCAGAGCCUCCUCUGCCAUCUAUAUACCUAGAGGAGGCUAAGACAGACUAUACAGGGCAAACUGCAGCUGUGUGCCCCUAUGUGGAGGCAGGGGUAGAUAGGCAGGGGCAUCUUCCCCACCCGGGGUACCUCAGUCCCAGGGAUGGGUGCAGUGGGAGGCCCAACGAGGAGACAGCUGGGACAUUGAUGCACACCGAGCAAGGAAGGGAUCAAGCUGGAGCAGCGGGGGGAGCCAGAAGAGGAAGGAAAAGGAAACAAACGCUACAGAAUGUGUUAGAGGACUUCAGAGACAUGGAUGCUACAGCACUAGAGGAAACCAAGGCUACGACGGCGCUGCUGAAGCCCGAGAGGUCGGUCCGCGGCAGGAGGCGACGAGGCGCCAGGUCUCAGAGGCAGUGAUUGGUGGAGGGAGCUGUAAGUCAGCUGUUCACCAAUCAAAGGCGGCCACCCGCCUCACUUUCCACCUCCAUCUUCACCACUGUUUGGAACUUUCUUUUAUUGAUUCAACUGCACUAAUAUUAUGCUGUUGUCAUGUCAACCAGUUAUGGCAACCACGAUGAAAAAAAACAUAGGAGAGAGAUCUAGUCUGAAAGGUUAAUUUAUAAGUAAAAAAGGUGAGUGAAUACUUUCACUACUCUUAGUUGUAGUUCACAAAAUAAUGGUUGCUUUACUUUGUGAUCGGAGAUCUGUUAAUGAUGGUUGGUGAAUUAUAUCUAUAGGAAAACACAAACAUACAACUGUUUUCUUAUCAGUGUAUAACUGUGAGUCAGGAAUAAGCCCAACUACUUGAACGAAACUCUGUUGAAAGUGUGUACGUGUGUGGAUGUGUGUGUCUGAGUGUGUGUGUGGACAACAGUGCUGUUGCUGAGCCUCUCACUGUCCAACAGUUAGGAGACAUGUCAUUCUAGUCGAUGAGACCCGUCUGUUUGUAAGAUAAAGGGUUCUUUGCAGAGGCACACAGGGGUUGCAUUUCAUGGAAAUGUUUGGAAGGUUUUCAGAAGGUGCUGGAAGAGAAUAUAAGAAGGAACACUUGAGUUUUUUUGAUCUUUUUCCCAUAUAAAAUAUGUUUUAUAUGGGACAAGCCAAGGAUAUAAUGUUCACCGUGUCAGGUUUCAUGAUCAGUUUACAUCAACCAGCGGUCACACAGAAAUUGAAUCAUGAUUUCUCGUGUCCUGUGAGAUGUUUCGUGUUUGUACAUCACUUAUUAUUUUUUUGAUCGAGAAAACAUUCAUUUAAGAAAUGAAGUCCUUUUGUACAACUCUUCGAAUCAUGUCAUAGGUCUGGAAGGUCAGGGAAAUUAUGUGAAUCUGACACCAGCCACAUAAAUUAAAUGUGGAGCAAUUCAGAAAAAACGUAAUUUGUGGUAUUUUGCUAACCCACUGUCACAUGCUGUCAGUUGUUGCUGUGAUUAAUUCAAUGUAGCUGUGGUGUGAUGGAGAAUAUUUAUUAUAUCUGUCAACCCAAUACUCACCCAAGCUUCACUCCUCAGCCAUUAGAUACAUGUCUGGAAAAGAUAUUACAUUCUGAACAGAAAUAUCAGCAGGAAUCACGAGUACAAAGUUUAGUAUGUCCUUUGGUUGGUUGAACGAAUGGCUGGAAAUGUAACGCACGGGGAGCGAUGACUUCUUACAUGUUGGUGUGUUUCUGUGGAUUUGGAGUGAAAUCCUCCCUCUGUCUCCUCAUGUCACUGUUUGAGCUCUCCUCCACACACUGCCCUGCCCCAAGAGUACUGGCAUCUCUUGCUGUAUUUAAAAGAAGAAUAAAGAAAAGUGAAAAAGAAAGCAGAUUAUGCAAUUUCUACACUUGGAGAUUUGUACAUAUGUAUAGUUAAUGUGUUUUAUUUUGAUUUUAUAUUGUUAGAGAAAGAGACAAGAGAGAAAACAAUGAAUUGUGAAUUUUUCUGGGAAUUGUAAUUAAGUAUUUUUCUCAUUCUACCCUUUUCUUUCAAUACUUAUGUUUAAAAAGACGAUUCAAUUGUGGACUGUAGCUUUCUUUUUUAUAUGGGAGUCUUUUUUAUUUAAUAUUAAACUAUUUACAGAAAAUGUA